AUGGCUUCAAUGGGCCGAAAACUUGUGGGCCUUGUUGUAUGUGGGCUCCUUGUCAUGGUCAUGGUACAAGGUGCAGUGGCACGUCAGCAAUACCCGAAACAGUCCAAGUGCAUGGAGAAGCAAUACAAGCAAUGUUACAAUGUGUGGCACACGUGCCCGAAGGCGUGCCCAUAUGCCUGCGACGUCGAUUGCGACGUGUGCAAGCCCAUCUGUAAAUGUGACAAGCCAGGUGCAGUGUGUCAAGACCCACGGUUUAUCGGUGGCGAUGGCGUAACGUUCUACUUCCAUGGCCGAAAAGACCGAGAUUUCUGCCUCUUAUCUGAUUCCAAUCUCCACAUCAAUGCCCAUUUCAUCGGCAAGCGCAAUCCCGCCAUGAAUCGGGACUUCACAUGGGUCCAAUCCAUCGGUGUCCUCUUCGACGAUCACCGUCUAUUCAUCGGUGCCCAAAAGACAGCCACAUGGGACGCCUCGGUUGACCGCCUAUCCAUCGCUUUUGACGGCGAACCCAUCUUCCUCCCAGCAAGUGAAGGCACCAAGUGGCAAUCGGCCGCCACGCCAAGCGUAACGAUAGCAAGAUCACGUGACACUAAUGGUGUCGUGGUCGAAGUUGAUGGGCGUUUCAAGAUCAUGGCCACCGUGGUCCCGAUCACCGAUGAAGAGUCUAGAGUGCAUGGCUAUGGCAUGAACGGUGAAGAUUGCCUUGCACAUUUGGAGCUCGGAUUCAAGUUUUAUUCGUUGGCGGACGACGUGCAUGGCGUUCUAGGCCAGACGUAUGGGAAGGACUAUACAAGUAGAGUGAAGAUUGCAUCUGAUAUGCCUAUCAUGGGCGGGGAGCGUGAAUUCGCCUCGUCGGGGCUUUUCACUACUGACUGCUCUGUUGCUCGCUUGAUACGUGGGAGGGUGGAUAUCAAAGCAGCUUCCGAAUUCGCUCCUUUGGAGUGCGGAAGUGGCAUGAAUGGAAAUGGUAUUGUUUGCAAGAAGUAG